UCGGGGGAAGAAGGUAGUUGAAUUUUCCAAUUUUUUAUGGUGCGUGUGCCGAGGCAUUCUGCCAAUUUGAUGUGAAGUCAACUUCAAGUUGAUGUUGCACUGAUUUUUUUUUAUGUGAAGUCAGCUUGAGGUCAGCUCUGUCUAACUUAAAUUACCCUCUUUCCUGCUUGCUAUGCUUAUGACAGGCUCAUUCUAUUGCAAAGGGAAAGGGGUGGAUGUGGACAAGGCCCGCGGCGUGAAGCUUUACCGUCAAGCUGCAAAACAGGGGCUUACGGAAGCGCAAUGCAAUCUGGGUAUUUGUUAUCAGAAGGGAGAAGGGAUAGAAAAGAAUUUGAAGGAGGCCAUGAAGUGGUAUGAGGAAGCGGCGAGCCAUGGUAAUCUGACGGCUCAGAUGAAUUUGGCGAUGCUCUACGAAGAAGGAGACGCAAUUCCGCAGGACAUGUCGCAAGCCGUUUACUGGUACACUAAAGCCGCAGAACUCGGGGAUCCCAAUGCACAGGUCAAGUUGGGAUUUUGCUAUCUGGAGGGCGUGGGAGUGGCGCAGGACCUCGAGAAAGCGACGGAUUACUACAUAAGAGCCGCAGAGCAGGACAAUGCAGAUGCACAGAUCAACCUGGGAGUCUGUUACGAGGAAGGAAAAGGGGUUCCGCGGGACGAGAAGGAAGCUGCCAGGUGGUAUGCAGCAGCGGCCAAUCAAGGGCAUCCGCAUGGACAGUGUAAUUUAGGGUCGUGCUACGAAGAAGGGGUGGGCGUGGAGCAGAAUCUGGAAUUGGCAUUCCAUUUUUAUCAGAAGGCGGCAAUGCAGAACCAUGCAAGGGCGCAAUGCUGCAUUGGACUAGCCUACGAGAAUGGAAGGGGGGUUGCCGCGAACCCCCGAAUGGGGACUAUGUGGUACAGCAAAGCUGCUAGCCAAAGUGAUCCAUACGGGCAGUACCUCCUGGGACGGGCGUAUGACAGAGGAAUUGGCGUGGCUCCAGACAUAGUGGCUGCAGUCAAAUGGUUCUGGAAAAGCGCGGAACAAGGACUUCGAGAGGCACAGUACAGCUUAGGAAGGUGUUAUGAGGCGGGCAGAGGCGUGCCACAGGAUGUCGUGCAGGCCAUGAAAUGGUAUCAAUUGUCAGCGGAUCAGGGUCAUGAGGAAGCCAGGGAGAAAAUGGAGUGAUCAGUUCAAUCAAUCCAUCAUUCGAUC